AUGCCCGAGCCUCUAAGUGAGUCCUCGGGCCCGAUACAAUCCAUCCGUCGCUCGGUCACUCUCCCCACGAAGUUAAACCCCCCGGCGCAACCGGCGCAACGUGUUUCAGGCGCGCCAAACAUCAGAGAAAACGUCAUUUUCUAUCAUCCUUCGGCAAAGAUUGUCCAUUUUGCUCCCAGGGCUCUCGUGCCAAUUCCGUCGAGUACCGCGCCUACCGAUUUCGAUUACCCCGUGGACACCAUCGAGACACUCCCAUGGCGCUCAGCCACUGAACGGACCGUCGCAACUGCACCCUUGAGGCUGGAAAUGGUGCACGGACUGACUGUCUUCCUCAAAUGCGGAAAUGUCGUCCAUGCGAUCCUGAAGAACUCCCAGUGUUGGUGUGUUGACGGCGUUUCGAAGUUUGUUUUGCGCAUUCGCCCGCUCACUUAUUAUCGCAUCGAGCUGCCGUAUGAAUUGAACGAAGAGAAGAUAUUAGUGGAGGAUUUGAAAAUUGCAUUGCCUACUGUACUGCGAUACGAAGUCACGCCAUGUCCUUUCAAGCGCGCUUUCACUGUCGAGAUCCCCGAGGAUGCGAUGGCGCCACGUCGCAAAAAGGCCUGGCAACCGAAGGACCGCAAAGACAGUCUUCUUUCAGUCCCGGGGAGUAACCAGAGCUCGCCUUCGGAAGGCAAGUCAGACUGGCUCGACUCCACCAGUACUGGAGACGACACCGAUGGAGGCGUAACGGAUGACAGUAUGGGCCCCAAGGCGGCUAAGAGUACGACACCAGAGCCUUCACCUUCUGGCGAUCAGUCACCCGUGUUCUCCAAUACAUUCGAGCUUCCCAUACAACCGAAACCCACUAGGCGCUCGGUGACUGAAAUUCCGCAAACCUUCACCAGCCUUCGGGCAAAGUUUGAUUCGAGUCCUGUGCCAGAAGAACUUCCAAUGUCAGAGGAAACCCAAGCUCCGGAAGAAGCCGUACUGGUAGAGCAGACUCCUGUUCCAGAACCAGUUCAAGCUCCGCCUCCAGAGGAAGGUCAGAUGGUGCAGAACGCGCCUGUUUUCGAGGAAGUUCCAAUUCAAGAAGAGACUCCUGCCCAGGAUGAUACUUUGACCCCAAGAAACCCUUCGACUCGAGAAAAUACAGUUCUCCCAGAUGAGCUUCCAGCUCAACCGGAAAUCCCUACUGUGCACGUAGACACAGAACCGGUCGCUGAUUGUCUUCUUUCGGACCCUCGGGAGGAUCUUGAAGCAUUGAAAGAAGCCCAAGGCGGGGACACUUUAGCUUCGGAACAUGGCCUAUCGACAGAACCUGGAUCGCAGGUGGAAGGUCUGACCACAGAGGCUAUAAUAUCAGAACGAAAGCCUUCCCCCAAGAACCUUCGAGCCUUGCAAGAAAUCUCCGAUUCCAAUCAGAAUGCUGUUCCAGAUGCCCAUGCUGCAGACAAGGCCCGUGUCGCGGCCAAGGCCACCGAUGGCUGUGCUCCGGAGGUCCCGACCUUGACAAUCCCGAUUUCAAAGCCAUAUUCGAUCUCCUACCGUGAACCCGAUACCGAGCAUACCGAUUCGUUCUCAUCUACGCCUGAUUCUUUCCACUCGGCGGAUCCUACAUCGCCCUCGGAUUCGAUCUCCACCCAUACAACACCUGAAAAACAUCGUGACCUGUCUCAAGCAGACUCCUACCUAUCUGGGCCAACGGAAGGUUUUUUACCUCAUAAGCUGGAGGUAUUCCCAGCCCAAGACACUUCAGCGAGCAAUGGUUCUCCUAUCGCAUCUACGAAUUUUGUCUAUUACGAAGCGAGAGAGAGACCCCAAAAGCCUUCUUUGGCGAUCUCUUCGGGUAUCAAGACGGACUCGCAGACUGUUGCCAAAGGUUCGUCUCCCCCAGCGGAUCUCAGCCUUAUGAGCACAGAAUUCCGCCGCCGGGCACAGGCAACAAGAGAGCGCGACGUCUCUCCGAUGCCCCCCUCUUCCGCGAUCUAUCAACCAAACCGGGGCAUGGAAGCCAAAUCUAUACUUUCAAAGACCCUCGCACUUGUGCUCGUCCCGCCGAUUUCGCUUUUCAUCAUCUUGCUGCACAUUACAGCGCGUAUUGUUAUCAGCCCUGCUGUUAGUUCCUCUCCAGGCGAGCCCACGUCAGGCUCGCGUUCAGCAAAGAACGAGCCUGCCGCCGAGGAUGAUGAUUUUGAUUUCCCUUUGGAGCGUGAAACGUCUUCUGAAUACGAAGAUGCAGAGAUAACCAGGAAGUUAGACCCCUGGGAGCUCGACUAA